GAGCGUACGACAAAUUUGGAACGAUUACACUAGGAACUGACAAGGUCAGGACUCACAGAACCAUCGAUCUCGUCCGCGUCGCUGUCCUAAGCAGCCAUCAUGUCUAACCAGUCUAGCUCCGGCGACCCUACCAAGCCUUCCAACAUAUCCGAUAUUCCCUCAGACCCUAGCCCAACCACAGCUCCUAGAGCGCCUAGUAUUUUCAGCGAUGGGUUUGCUAGACCUCCGCCCAACUUUGACCCUGAACAAGCCAAAGCAGAUUUUAAGAAGGGUGCCGGUAACAGCUUUUUGGACGGUCGCGAUGAGAUUGAGGAUUCUGUUGAAGACGAAAUCCAAAGGAAGACUUCUGAAUUAGAGAAGGCUAGAGGAAAACCUGUUACAGCCGAAGAAAAAGAGAAAAUUGCCAAUAAGGUGCGUUCUCUGCGAGAAGGAGCGUGGCUUGAAGGCCUAAAGCUUGAACUUGUUGGCAAGGAUGCUGUGCCAAUGGAGUAUUUCAACCGCAUUGUCGCCGAGAAUGAGAAUUCUAUCAUGAAAGUAGCCCAGAUAAAUGCCCGAGCGGAACGCGAACUGACCAAGAGAGAUUCUCAGAUCAAUGAUCUACGGAAAGACACUAUUCGGGCUAACAAACUCACAGAAGAACUAGUCAAGUGUGAACGGCACGGGGCCGACUUAGAAGCUCAUAUUCAAGACCUCGAGAACAAACUUGAGCAUGAGAAAGCGAAGCAACAAAAGGCCGACGCGAACAAUGCACUUACUAAAUGCGAAAGUCAAGUUAGUGAUCUUCAAAAGAAGCUGGAUGCCGCCAACAGAGACCUCGAUGAGGCCCGUCAAAGUCUUGGCAAGCAUUACGAGGAACUAAACUCGCUUAAGCAGCAAAAGGAUGAAGCCGACAAACGGGAAGAAAGCGUUAAAAGCCAGGCCCAGGAUCUUAUGGAUGACAACAAGAAGCUUAAGGCGGCCGCCGAUCAGGCAAGCGCCCUUCAAAAACAGAUUGCGAGUUCGGAACUCAAGCUUGCGUCUCUUAAGAAGGAAAAUGAAAAAUUAAAGAACGCAACUAAAAUCCAAGGGGAAUCUGACGAUCUUCGCAAGCGCAUCUUGGAGCUGGAGGCUGGAUGGGAAGAGUGCAAGGACAAGGUAAAGGCUCUCGAGGAUGAAAAUAAGAACCUCAAGGAUGCAUCGAAUGCAACCAGUGGAAGCCCUAGCAAUCCUGAUUUAGACGGUCUUCGAAAGCGGAUUGCGGGACUGGACGCCGGAAUCAUGAAGCGUGACGAGGACAUCACAGCUCUUCGAGCUCAGCUGGAGCAAGUGACCACUGGUAUGCCUGAGGGGUCGCUCACUGAGCUACAAGCCCGUUGCGUUGAGCUUCGGAACGCCAGAGAUAUGUACCGGAAUAGGUGGGCUCGAGGCGUUGCUGCGAACAAUGCUGACCUGAUCAUGUUUUGGGAGGCUGUUGAGAACACGAACCAAGAGAUCAAGAAGCUCUACUCGGGGUUAGACCGCUUAGGUGGUGUUCUUGGCCUUAGAAACAAGGUUCUCGAUAGGCCUGCUGCGUUCGACGAAAUCAUUGCCAAAGUCUCUUCUUCCGUGACUGGCGAGAUUGAUAAAUACCAGAGCCCCCAACUCACAGUACUACAUCUACUCAACGCGAACGCAAUUGCCAAGAUACAGAUUGAGACAUUGAAGCGUGACCUUGACAAGGCUCAGAUCGGUAGGUCCGAAGACGAGAUUAAGACUGUCCUUAGAACAGUGGAGGAAGAGGUGGUCGAGCAGCGCGUCAGCAUGCGGACCCAAAUUUACCGUGCCCACCGCAGAGAUAUCCUAGCUCAUCUCUUCACCGCCCAGAACGAGUUCCUAGUUCUCGCUGACAACAGCGCUGAUAGAGCUGCAAUUGAAGCACUUGUCGAUCGAUUCCUCCGCCCCAACACGCUUCCGCGGAUACAGCCAGUGCAGAGUGAUCCCACAGGUAGGUAGUGAAGACGCUUAACGUGGUGAGCUAGGUUUCCCCGGAUUCUGGUAAGCAUAUUCGUAGAUAGGGUAUGGCCAGUAAUAUCAAGAUAGAUUAACCAACCACAC